AUGGCGCGUGACAUAGACGACGACGCAUACAUUGCAGAACUGCUGAAGCAAGAUGCAAAGAAGGCGACAAAAACAUAUGAGCUUGUUGGCAUCGAUGCCUUCAAUCCGAGGAGGAUGAACUCUCGCGCGCCGAGACCGAACAAGGGCUUUUUGCAACACCUCAUUCGUCAGACUGAUAGCCACAACGCUGCGCUCCUUGCCAAAGAGGCUGAGGAGUCACGCGCUCGGCUGAGGAAGAUGAAUCGAGAUCAGAAAAGGGCGAGAGAGUGGGAGGAGGGCAAUGGCGGAAGCGCUGGGGGACGACUGACCCCAGUAGCAAGCGAUAACAAUGUGCGCAGCACAACACCGAGCAGAAGACGAGAUCGUAGUGAGGACGAAAGUAGGCACAAGAGAAGACGCGGAGAGCGGGAUCGGGAUGGUUCGGCAAGCGCUUCAUCUCAUCGGCAUCGAGAUAGAAGUAGAGAUGGGCAUCGACGUAAGAGGAGACAUGAUAGUGAAGAGGAAGACCGCUCCCAACAGAAACGGAGACGGUCAAGGUCACCCCGGGACAAAUCGCGCAAAGGCAAAUACAGCGAAGAGCAAGAACGUUGGAAACCCCGGAGGAGAGACUACAACGACGGCAGGCAUAGAAGGCAAAGGUCGCACUCCAGAACAACCUCACCAUCACGGUCACGGUCACGGUCACCACAACGUGAAAAGCAUGGGAAGCGCGAUAGGCAUCGAGACCGGAUCCGUUCUCGGAGCCCAAGGAGAAAUCACAUCACCCCCAACUCGCACAAAGACGACCGACGUUCCAAUAGUCGAACCGCCACCCCAGCAUCCGACUCCGACCCUCUCGAAGCCAUCGUCGGCCCACUUCCACCACCUCCCGAGCCCACCGUACGCUCCAAAGGACGUGGUGCGUACAAAGCAAACAAUAUGGGUAUCGAAUCGCGCUUCUCGUCCACUUACGAUCCCUCUACAGACGUCCGCGCAAACUCCGAUGUGGAAGACGAUUGGGGCGAUGCUCUGGAAGCGUUGCGCGACCGUGCUCGCUGGCAGCAACAAGGCGCCGAUCGACUCAAGGCUGCCGGCUUCACAGACGAGCAAGUAAAGAAGUGGGAGAAAGGAGAUACACAGAACGAGGAGGACGUGAUAUGGACAAAGAAGGGUCAGGCGAGGGAGUGGGAUCGAGGCAAGGUCUUGGACGAGGAUGGACACGUCGAGCUCAAAGCUGAUUUUGGGCGGCUCAAGUGA